CUACCUGCUCUAGCUGCGCUGUUUCGCGGUCACAUGUAUUGACUGGGUUCGGGCUCUUAAUCUGCUCCUAAUGGGGAGGGGCAAGAGACUGGGACCAAACUCAACCUCUCGCUAGAAGGGAACCCUUUCCCCCCCAGAGGAAAUAGAAGACACAAACGGAAAAGAGCAGACAGGGACAAACCCCAAAACAUGCGGAAGCGACAGCAGUCUCCUGUGCAAACUCCCUUCUUCGUCCCCAGGAAUGUAGGAAAGGAGCCUGAGGUCCUGGACAAAAAACCUCAGUUCCACCUGGAUCUUUGGUUUUAUUUCACUGUGCAGAACUGGAUCCUGGAUUUUGGCCGUCCAAUUGCAAUGAUUGUUCUUCCAGUCGAGUGGUUUCCAUUGAAUAAACCAAGUGUCGGUGAUUAUUUUCACAUGGCCUACAACAUCAUCACACCUUUCCUCCUCCUGAAGCUUAUCGAGCGUUCUCCCAAGACACUCCCUAUCUCAGCGGUGUACAUCUGUAUAAUAACAUUUGUCAUGGGAGCAAGCAUUCACCUUGUUGGCGAUUCAGUGAAUCAUCGUCUGAUUUUAAGUGGUUACCAACUCCACUUGUCUGUGCGUGAAAACCCAAUUAUGAAGGACUUGAAACCAGAAACGUUGAUUGACUCGUUUGAACUGCUGUAUUACUAUGACGAAUCCUUGGGCCACUUAAUGUGGUAUGUUCCGUUCUUCGUCAUUUUCAGUCUGUAUUUCACUGGGUGCUUCACUCGCUGUAACAGAGAUAGCAGAAUGCCCCUGUCAGCAUGGCUGCUGCUUGGGCCAAGUAGCCUGUACUACUGGUAUCUGGUGACUGAGGGUCAGAUCUUCGUCCUCUAUAUCUUUACCACUUUUGCAAUGAUUGCAACAGUCAUGCACAACAAGCGUAAAGGACUGGUGAUGGACAGUAAUGGCCUCUUUUUAUUUUACUCUUUCUGCAUUGCUCUGGUCCUCAUCUCUGCCUGGGUCGCCUUCCUGUGGAACGACAAAAUUCUCCGCAAAAAGUACCCUGGCGUCAUGUACGUUCCAGAGCCUUGGGCGUAUUAUACCCUGCACAUCAAGAAAACACUGUAGCUUAUGUUCUGGGUCUUGUUUCUGAAGCCAUUUUAGUCAACUCUCCAACUUCCCCCAAGUAACUGAUAGUUGAGCGUCCCUUUAGGGUGCCGCUGUACUCUCCACACUUCAGUUCGCAGUGGUUUCAGAUAGGCGUCGAUGCAAAUAGUGGCAGUAUAGUUUGUGCCAAGUGAUGCAAGGCACCCCAUUCCCCCCAUCAGGAAGCAGAUUUUGCUGCUUUCAAGUUUGCACUGACUGCAGUAUAACUCCAGUUUAGCCCAAGUGAUCUGGGCAAUCCACAGGAUCAUCUUCUCACCCCACCCUUUAAGAGCUCACGAGAACAUCUGAUGGAGUCUUUCAAAAGCCAGGAGAGAGUAGCCACAACCCCUGCUGCAUUUCUGCUAACAGUAGGUCAGAUGGGAGUACUCCAAAAAAGACAGCACAAGCCAGAUGGGCCCAAUGGUCAUUAUUGAUGCUGCGAUCCUGUGACUGACGGUCUCUCAUGAAAUUAAAGCAUCCGUGCCAGAAGUUGCUACUGAUGAAGUUUGGUGAUGCAGUCCUAAACCAGUUCAACCAACACUGUCUUCCUGCUGGUGUAACCAAUGCAGUAGCCUAGUUUCUUGACUUUGGGUUAAAGCAGCAGUUGGAAUGGAGAGCAGAGAUAUGUGGCCAGAUUGUGACUGCAUCUAGUAGUCUGAAAGGGGAGGCAGUGAUUUUGAUGAAAAAUAAAUUUGGGGGAGUUGGCAGUUUAGUGGUAAUGUUACUGGACAAUCUAUUAUGCCAAGCCAAUGAUUUGGAAGCAUGCAUUCAAAUGGUGGAAUUUGAAUUCAGUAAUUUGGAACAAAGCUGGUGUAAUGACAAUCGUCUAACCCAGUCAAUUUGUCAUCUGGUUUUGGAAGGAAAAUCUGCCUUCAUUAGCUGGUCUGGCCUCCAUGUGACUCCAGAUUCAGAACAAUGUGAUGCUUAACUGCCCUUUGUGUGCUUGGGGGUGAACAGUAAGUGCUGCCCUAGCCCACAACACCUUCAUCCCAUGAAUGAAUGAAGGAAAACAAUAUCAGGAGAGCUGACUCUUCCACGAUGACACUCAAAGAAGAUUUACCUAAUGUGUUCACUCUCACUAUAUUGUUGAGCUUGUUUGGAAACUAACUUUAUGUUGUCACAUCUUUCGCUUUGUGGGAUUUGGUUUUGAAUUUUGUGCUGCUUUUUUUGUUUCUAAAAAUGUGAACUGCUUGAGAAUGUAGAACUUGCAAUUUAAUACCAAGUUUGCUCCAUGGCAUUCAGCUAAACCAGUAGAACCCAAAAAUCUGUGCAUCUGCAAUUCUAAUUGAAUUCUUGGGAACGUAUGCUGAAAGUCCUUAUUUCCACAAUGGGCUGAGACCCCUUGGGGCCUGUUACACCCAGCUAAUCCGUGUCCUAUAAACAAUAAAUGGCUGUGACAGAAGUGGAGUUACUGUCCUGCGUCAAAAUGCAAAAUGUGUCUGCCUUUUAUGAUGAUGUAUUCUUUUAAAAUGUAUCAAAAUGGAAGGCGUUUUAUUUACUGAGCUUUAACCUGGAACAUGCACUCCUGGAAGUAGGCCAAAUUGUUUGAACUAAUAUUUAAGCGGAUGAGGAGGAUUUUCUGCUUGGUAAAUUUCAACAUCUAUUUUGCUGAUGGUAUUAAUUGUGUGAGAGUCACAGAAUGUCUGAUCACUCAUGAAUAUGCCAUGCAAUAAUCCUCAUUUUAUUUUCUUGGGCAAUUGAGUUCAGCUUUGGAGACUUUAAAAAUUGUAUAAAAACUGAGGAGUUCCCUUUAUAAUUCUUUGUUUCACUUGAGUUGUGAUUAUAUUGGAUAGAUUCAGUACCAGCUGUAUCCAGAUCUCUUAGCAGGAAGUCUAUAAAUGACUGUUACAUGAAAGCCUUCACAUGAUCAAACUGACGGCAAUUCCUUCUGAAGAGGAUAUUUAAGUCCCUUUGGGCUGAUUCAGUGUUUGGUUUCUGUUUAUUUGUAUCUUGAAUUAUUUAUUGUGCAUUUUACUAAUCAAUAAAUGUAACCAUUAGUUUUUAGCCUGACUGUAUCAAUUAUGACAUUUGCCAAUUUUCAGAGUAGAUGAUAAACUGAAUGGGGAUCAGAUCUAUCUUUAACGUAAGAAGUGGAAACAGCAGCAGGUGAUUUCAGACCUUCCAAACUGCCCUGCCUUUCAACCAGUGGCUGAUCUCUCAACUUGUCUUUCAUGGCAGCUCCUCUCAGCCCACCAUUUCCCCAAUACACUAAAAUUGUAUAGAAACCGCCCCCCCCC